GUCUGCCCUCGGUCCUAAACUGCUGCCUCUGGCGCUUUCCAUUCUGAGACCGCGCAUAAAUACAAAAGUAAGAAGUGAAUGAAGGAGCAGGAGAAAGAGAGUGAGAGGAAACCCUCUAGUGUGCAUCGGAGCAAAGAGGAGUAUCCCAAAGGGAGGCAGCGCACUGGCGAGAUGAUGAUGAUGAUGAUGAUGAUGCGCUGAUAAACUGCAGCGCAUAGGAGGAGACGGGACACAGUUGUACAAAGCGGGAUGUCCGCAUACAGUGCUGAUUAACGGCGCUGCAACUUUUACUUUUGGCUCCGAGAGGCUCUCCGGAUCUCCACUUUGGGUCUCGUAAACCUGAUCGCUUCGUUCUCACUGUGAUGGGGGCAGCAGCUGAGGUUGGGAUCUUCAACGGAUUUCUGGACAGCUUCGGCUCCGCGGGUGGCGCUCAUUUCCUUCACACCCCGGCGGGCGCGGUGGAAUACAGCACGGUGAGCGGACUCGUGCAGCAACAGCAGCGGGAGCACCUGAUGUCGUCGGAACGCCUGUCCCGGAGUUUAGCGGACCUCAGCCACCUGAAGGGAAUUCUGAGGAGGCGACAGCUCUACUGCAGGACUGGCUUCCACCUGGAGAUCCACCCCGAUGGGACCGUGCGGGGCACCAGGGCGGACCACAGCAGAUUCGGUAUUUUGGAGUUUAUCAGUCUGGCAGUGGGGCUCGUGAGCAUCAGAGGUGUGGACAGUGGCCUUUACCUCUCCAUGAACAGCAAAGGAGAACUGUAUGGAUCACAGAAGCUAUCAGCAGAAAGUGUUUUUCGGGAGCAAUUUGAAGAGAACUGGUACAAUACCUACUCAUCGAACAUCUACAGGCAUGGAGAAAAAGGAGCAUUUUACUUUGUGGCUCUGAACAAAGACGGUACGCCGCGGGAUGGAACAAGAUCGAGGCGACAUCAGAGAUUCACACACUUCCUACCAAGGCCUGUAGACCCAGACAGAGUACCAGAACUGUACAAGGAUAUACUUGGCCAGAGCUGAGGCCUAACCAACGUGGGCCAGAAACCAAACUCAAAAGUGUUCAAUGUGCAUCUAAUACUGCCCUCAUUUUGAGGGAGAUGGAUGAUUCAAAAGGGAUGGCAAGAAAUGCACCAGAUCCAGAUUCCUGGAAUGCUGGAAGGAUAGCGACCAUCUCAGAACCACUUUGGAAGGGAGUUCAACAGAAAAGCAUCAGGGAACAUCUGGGAUGAUCCAACAGAAACAGAACCCCCAUAUAUUAUCUCGUUAUUGGCAUAUGCAAUGGUGUGAGCAGCCAAGAUGGAUAGCUCUUAAUUCUCCAUGCUACCUGCUUGUCCAAAUCUGCAUGUUUAAGUGAACGAAGGCGAGUAGAGAUUAACAAGUAGCUGCUAUAAGUUUUAUUUUUCUUUCUGCUGUGGCUGCAAAGUCUUUUCUGUCUUAUUGCAGGAUCUUUUCUUUCAUGCUAUACCAGUUGUUCUUAUCUUGGAUUCCAUCAAACCCCAGGGGUUCAGUGAGUCAGUCUCAGGGGUUCAGCGGUGGUCAAGACGCACACACUGUGUGUCCGUUCACCCCACGCUGAGUCGUGACAACUCUUCAGACCAACAGCGCUGUUAGCCUUUUGACGUCACCGAAUGGAGAAAGCCUUUGAGAUACUCAUACUGUUUAUUAUAAAUAUUGUUUGAUACAACGUAUAUUUGCAAACAAUCUUAAUUGCGGAUGAUGAACAUAAAAACAAAGAAAAGGAACAGACUUUGUUGCGAAAAUAUGAGAGUGCCACUUGCAAGGGUGAAGCUGAGCAUUGCUGAAUUUAGCUCUAUCAGGAAACAUUGAUUGGCAGUAAAUAUCCAUUUAGUUAGGUUUUUGAUUGAAAUUCAUGAUUUGUUGUUUUUAUUCUUUUAACACACUGUAUUUAUGUGCAACUGAGCGUGGUUCAUUUUGUGCGAUGAUAUAUGGACCUAUGUUUUGAAUUUAAAAAAAA